UGGGACGAGGACGGCCGGGCACCGACCGGGAGAAGCGGUGACCCCGCCUGGGAACCCGGAGGACAAGCGGCCCGAGCCCAGCGCCGUGAGGUGAGUGACCGGCCGCCUCACUUGCCCAGAGUCGUUCUCGGCUCCGUCCCGGCGCCUUCCGGGCUGCCUCGCCCCGCCCUGCCCCCCGGACAUGGCAGCCCUGAGGCCUGGCCUGGGCCGAGUCCACCCCGGAUCCACGAUCCUGUUCCUGUGCGACAUGCAGGAGAAGUUCCGCAACGUCGCCUACUUCCCCCAGAUCGUGUCCGUGGCAGCCCGCAUGCUCAAGGUGGCCCGGCUCCUGGGGGUGCCCGCUGUGCUGACGGAGCAGUACCCCCAAGGCCUCGGCCCCACAGUGCCUGAGCUGGGGGCGCAGGACCUCAGGCCGGUGCCCAAGACCUGCUUCAGCAUGGUGCCCCCGCUGCGGCCAGAGCUGGAGGCGCGCCCCCAGCUGUGCUCGGCGCUGCUCUGCGGCAUCGAGGCCCAGGCCUGCAUCCUGAACACGGCCCUGGACCUCCUGGAGCGGGGCCUGCAGGUCCACGUGGUGGUGGACGCCUGCUCCUCACGCAGCCAGGUGGACAGGCUGGUGGCGCUGUCCCGGAUGCGCCAGAGCGGCGCCUUCCUCUCCACCAGCGAGGGGCUCAUCCUGCAGCUGGUGGAAGACGCUGCGCACCCCCAGUUCAAGGAGAUCCAGAAGAUCAUCAGGGAGCCCGCCCCCGACAGCGGGCUGCUGGGCCUCUUCCAGGGCCAGAACCCCCUCUUCCACUGAACUCCCGACCUGCCUGGAGGGAAGACCUUCCGAGCUCCAGGACCCCGGGACGGGCUCCCCCAUGCUGGGGUCCCCGGAGUGGUGCAGUCCACCGGGAGCACCGCCCCGCUGGAGGGGGUGGGGCCCCGGGCGCCCAUUGGGCGCCGCUCCCGGAAAUGCAAAUGAGGCCCCCGCAGCUGGGCGGCAGUUGGCUGACGCGCGGGGAGGCGGGGCUGGCCCCGGGCCACUGCAAGGGGCGGGAGGGGGAGGGAGUGGCAGCGACUGAGUGGGACCCGCGCUCGCAGAAUAAACAUUGAUGAGGCUGUGGACCGAA